UACACCGAGUUCGUUUGAUUUGCACUUUCAGACUUUUCCUGUUUUUCCGCUGGUGUACUAAUGUUUGUUUGCCCUUUCUCUUAGUGGACUCUCCUGCUCUUGCGCUUGCUCCCUACGCGGGGAACAAUGAUGACCUGCUGUGGAAUCUCCCUUCAAUCCCACAGCUACCGGAUCAGAGUUCUCAAUCCUUCUCUGUUUGUCUACAAGGCGUUUGUUAUUCGUUCUGUUAGUGUUUUCCUCCGCUAAUACUUGUUUUAAGCUCCCUUCAAACAGAGUAUCCGUUCAACACUACGGUGGCCUUCUAGAUUGUACGACAACAGAAGACGUCACACAGUCUGAUAUAUCGUCGACCACAGUCCAAACCUCUGCGAAACCUCCCCUCGGUGGCCUUACGGCUCCUACUAUACACCUCACCAUGUCAGACCCGGUCCCUACACCUCCCUUCAUGGUUACCACAAGUGUCUCCAAGGUCUACUAUAAGGGCCUGCCGUCUGAACCACGCCUCAUCGCUACCACUAAACUCAACCCUUUUGAUGCUCCAACUGGUCCCGAGGCCUACACUGUUCUGAAGGAGCUCCGGUAUUUGGGCGAGCAUCCUCUCGCAACUCUUUGGGACAAUGGUCUUGCCGGUGAGCUUUCCUCUAGCCUGGCCUCCAUGGACGUCAAAUGGUCUUCGCUCGAUCUCCUUCAUAUUCCAAAUGUUGGAGAGCCGUCGGGCCCAGCUGUUGUUUGGAUUGGGGUGGAGCCCGGAGUACUGAGCUUUGAGGAGGGUAGUAAAGUUGCUAUCAAUUGCCACCAACUCAUCGGCAGGCAUGGUGUUGGUGACUACUGUGUUGAAAUUCGUGAGUCACGUAUUUUCCGGGAGGCCGGAAAUAGGUUCCUCGAUCCUGUCCCCGAAUCCAAUACCACAUUCACUGCUCGAGACCCCUAUACCGCAACCCUUGGGAUUCCUAUUACACCCAAGAAUCGACUUUCCGUGGGGGGAACUGGGGGCUUCUUUCUUAGUGCUGGCGGUGAUGACAAAAGUAUCUACCUGGUCACUGCCCGGCAUGUUGUUUUGCCCAUUGAUGAGAAUUCCAACCAGGAAUAUAUCCGGAAAAAUGAGAGUAGGUGACGUGAGGAGGUUCUUGUCCUUGGCCCUUCCACUUUUGAUAAGAAAUUUGAUGCUAUCACCCAUGAGAUCAGCUGUCAACUAUCUGGGAUGGCUGACGCGAGGGAGCAGACCCUCAUGUUCCAGGACCGUGAUGAUCCAAAGUCAGUCGAGGCAUACCUGAAGGCAGAGAGGCAGUACCAGGAAGCGGACGACGGGAUCAGGGAACUCGAUGCCUUACAAAAGGAGGUUGAAAUCUACUGGAAGGAGGUUAGCAACCGUGUUAUUGGUGAAUUGACCUGGGCACCUCCUAUUAUCCUCUCCACGGAACCUGACGAGUAUACUCUUGACCUUGCGGUGAUCAAGCUCAAGCCAGGCACCCUGGACACCCUAAACUACUAUGGCAAUACCAUCAACAUAGGCAACAAGAUCCCCCGCCAAGAGUUCAUGAACAAGAUGUAUCUCCAUCAUACGAGUCGAAGGCCCUUCAAAUAUCCUCCUGAUCGUCUUGUAAAGCUAGCUGGCCAGGUACCGGAAAGAGCCCUGUUAAUCCCACCCAUGCUCGAUGUCAACAACGAGCCGUGCUUGAUCGUCUUCAAGAAUGGCGCUGCAACAGGUACCACUAUUGGUAAAGCAAACCGUGUGUCCUCGUAUACACGUUGCUAUUUCGCCGGCAAGUACCAGGAGUCGCGAGAGUGGCCAGUCAUCGGCACAGACAAGAGGUCGGUGGCCUUCUCAUCUUGGGGGGAUUCCGGGUCUUGCGUGGCUGAUGCCUAUUCCCGUAUUGGUGGUAUUAUUACUGGUGGUAGCGGUGCUACUGACACAUCAGAUGUAACUUACGUUACCCCAAUUUCAUUCAUCAUGAAGGUACUCCAGAAGACAAAGACCUUCAAGUAUGGCCACCUGGACCCGCAGCUUACCUAGCUGGGUACUGUGUUGGGUGAAAAUGUAUUUCUUUUAUAGUUUUUUUUUUUUUGCGAUUGUAAAGCUACUAUACCGGAUUAGCUCAGAGACUACCUUGCGGGAAGUUGAAGGGGAACGUUGUAAUGGGUGGCCGCCCUGCACAGUCCAAGUUACCUGGCCGGACGUGACUGGAGGACUGGAUGAGGGGAUUAUUGCUUGUUAGCUGCCACUGGGGGGGGGGGCGAAUUUGGGUUUUCUUUUGAUGCAAUUUUUUUUUCUUCACUCGAAUAGGGUAACUUUCAAAAGAAUUAUCAGGAGGUUGAUUGGUCCAUUCAGAUGAAUUGAGAUAUGCUCCUGUGAUUUUAGUUUCUUUUGAGAGGUUUGAUUCAGAUACUGUUCACUGGUUUCAUUAUGAUGGCGGGCCUAGGUUGUGCCGACUACCAGAAUUCUUUUUUUUUCAGUACACUGUAAGUCUAUCUGUAUCCAAGAAUGGUGAUAAAUAUUGUGCGGAUACGUGAAAAACUAUAUCUGGCACAGUGUAAUAAUGA